AUGCUGAAGCAUCGGAAUGGCCAAGUGUGCGACACUGACCUGUAUUACGAUUGGCCUGCAGGGGGGAACCUUCACAUUGACAGGAGACCUGAGGAAAAACCAUUUUUUGACAAUGAGCGUCAAAAUGGCAGCACGUACUAUUACACACCUGGCGGAAGCUGCAAGGUGAUUGAGAUGGGUGUUGGCCUUCUUCCUCCAGAUUGGCUGAAGGGUGCAACCUAUGGUGGCAAUGAGACAGUCCGCACUGCCAGCGAUGAGAUUCGCUGCCACGUGUGGACAAAGGGACACGCGAUGGACAACUCCACAGGCCCAUUCAUCACCUAUUAUGAGAACAUGGAGACUCGAACUCCAGCGCGUUGGAGAUUCUUCGACGGGAUGUACUUUGACAUUCUUCACUGGGAGCCGGGCAAGAAGGCUUGUUCAAAACACUAA